UAGUCAUUACGGUUGACUACGGAAGAUCCAAGUCUCUGGAAGUGUUUGUGUUCCGGUUUUUUUGUGUUCUCAACACUAUUCGCUCACGGCUUUGGCCUUACGGUGGAUCAAUUGGUUGGAUCCGAGCUUCACGCAAUCACAGGCUGCCCAGGAAAUUCUCUCUCACAAGAGCAUGGAAGUGCCGGAGGUUAUUUUCUGGAAAAACAUGGAAAACUUUCUGAAGUGCACCAUACCAUCCCACCUUAAAUGCAUUAUAGAGAGGGCUGGCUUCGUAAACCCGGCCUUGGAAGACCUCACCGAAAGAGAAAUAACAGGAAUCGAGUCCGAUGUUCGUGGGUUGUCGGAACUCGCCAACCUCCCGGUGGGGGACCCACUGCUACGAAAGUACCUAGGAAAAUAUAUAGAGAAACCAAAGGAUUUCAAAUUGAUGAGCGGAGAGAGAGCGCUGCUGUUGAAGAUUGCGGGGGCCGUAAAAGCCAAAAGCUGGCCAUUUUUCGUAAAAAACAAAUCACAGCGCUCGUCUCAGCAGGUUGCUGCAAAGCAAGCAGAUGUGACGGACGAAGUAGCCCUGAUUACCAGGAUCAGUGACUACUUCGAAAGCAGGUAUGCAAAACCAAAGUUUAAUUUUAUUUGUCCUCCUCUGCCCAACUUCCACACCCAGAUGUAG